GUGUAAUAAUGUUAUUUUUGAUUUGCAUAGUAGGUUAUCUUCAAAUUUUUAUAUGUUUUCAGUACGUGCUAGGACGGUUCGAUGAGGAAGAUGACAACGUAAAAACUAAAAGAUAUGUAAUAGAAGAUGGUAUCAAGCCUGCCAUAUUUGGUUCAUACAACUAUGAUCCCGUGAAGCAGAAGUUCGAACCGCGUGAAGAAACUCAUUGUUCCAAUCAAACUGGCUUUACUAAACUGAAUUUUGACACUAAAAUUAGAUCAACCACAAUAAGCACGCCGACAGAUCCUCCACAAGGAGGUCGUCAUGGAAACCAUACUGAUGUGUACCCUACAGCUUUUCUCGUACUACGGACAAGAGUCAACACAGCCGCUUCGCCUUUUAAAUCGUCAGCGCUGUCAGGUACCAACAAUGUCACUAAUUCUACUAAUACAACGCAGACGUACAAAAUACGAAGCUUUCUUCGUAUGAAGAGCAAAUCAGGAAAAAGUAAGAAAAAACGCAGAAAAAAUCCUAUGGACACAUCGGUUGAGUCAAUAUAAUGAUCUGAUUUUUAUGACAUUUUUAUAUGUAGCUACAAAUUGUUUAUUCCUUUUGUAGUAAGACAAGAUAUCGCAAAAUUAAUGUGGAGUAAAUGAAAUUAUUUAUUCCAUACCUAUAUUACUAAUACCUACGGUAAUAAUAAUAUCCU